AUGAGAGCUAGAUUGAGCAUCCAACACACCCCCCUCGCCUCCAUCACCCCUCUCGUCAUUAACCCCCCCGCACCUCCAACCCCCAACCCCCUCGCCUCCAACCCCAACCCCCUCGCCUCCAACCCCAACCCCCUCGCCUCCAACCCCAACCCCCUCGCCUCCAACCCCAACCCCCUCGCCUCCAACCCCAACCCCCUCGCCUCCAACCCCAACCCCCUCGCCUCCAACCCCAACCCCCUCGCCUCCAACCCCAACCCCCUCGCCUCCAACCCCAACCCCCUCGCCUCCAACCCCAACCCCCUCGCCUCCAACCCCAACCCCCUCGCCUCCAACCCCAACCCCCUCGCCUCCAACCCCAACCCCCUCGCCUCCAACCCCAACCCCCUCGCCUCCAACCCCAACCCCCUCGCCUCCAACCCCAACCCCCUCGCCUCCAACCCCAACCCCCUCGCCUCCAACCCCAACCCCCUCGCCUCCAACCCCAACCCCCUCGCCUCCAACCCCAACCCCCUCGCCUCCAACCCCAACCCCCUCGCCUCCAACCCCAACCCCCUCACCUCCGACCCCAACCCCUCGCCUCCGACCCCAACCCCCUCGCCUCCGACCCCAACCCCCUCGCCUCCAACCCCAACCCCUCAGUUGCCGGCCCUGGGAGUAAAAGCGGCGACGGGCGGUAAGCAGAAGAGAAGCAACGGUCCGGCGGGCCCCUGCACGGCAGACGCAGACGUGACAACACGGCAGGCGGCAGCUCUACCUGCAGUGUCAAAAGCCGCCGCCGCCGCCGCCGCCGCCGCCGCCGCACCAGGCUGCCAGGGAAAAAGGAACCGCUCAGAGGCCGUGCCGGUGCAUGCCGUUGCAAGGCAGAUACAGUCACUAGCGAUAACUCACCAUUCUAUGUGA